GCAGAAUUAUAUUCAAAGCUCACUUUGUUGAUAUCUUCCUUACGGUUUGAAAUAUCUGAGCCUUAUUUGAUGUAGUAUUUAUGAUUUUUUUUUUACAUUGAACAGAAACAUGUCUUUGCCUCGUGGAUGGAGCUAUUUGGGGAUAUUUCUAGGAGUCUUUCUACUGGAUUGUCACUGGGAAACUGUGUCGGGGCAGCUCUCCUAUUCAGUCUCAGAGGAGGUGAACCCGGGGACUCCUGUUGGAAAUAUUGCAAAGGACCUAAACCUUAAAUCACAGGACUUGGAAUCACGCAUGUUUCAAAUUGUUACCGGAUCAAAGAGAAAAUUAUUCGAGGUAAAUCUAAAGACUGGUGUACUAUAUGUCAGUGAGAGAAUAGACAGAGAGGAGCUUUGCGCAGAGGAACUGAAAUGCUCAGUCAGUGAAGAGGCUGUCAUUAAUAACCCGUUGAAGCUUUACCGUAUCGAUGUAGAUAUUUUAGAUAUUAAUGACAAUGCUCCAUUUUUUACGACCGAUUUGCAAAAUAUGUACAUCGCGGAGAGCUCUUUACCAGGAGUGAAAUUUGCAUUAUCUCAAGCAACUGAUGUAGAUGUGGGGAGAAAUGGAGUCAGUACUUACAAAUUAAGCCAAAAUGAGCAUUUCUCUUUGGCACUGCACAAAGAAGGGGACAGUGUGUCUGCCGAGUUAGUUUUGCAGAAAGCUUUAGACCGAGAGAAGCAACCUGUGAUCACAAUGACACUGACCGCGGUAGAUGGAGGAAAUCCUCCAAAAUCAGGCACCUCACAAAUCGUUGUUCAUGUUUUAGACAAUAACGAUAACCUUCCAAUAUUCAGCCAGACGUUGUAUAAGACUGAAGUCCCAGAAAACACGCCUCUCGGUACAAUAGUAAUCACUGUGAACGCGACCGAUGCAGAUGAUGGCCUGAACAGUGACAUUGUAUAUUCACUAAGAAGCAAAGAUCAAGAUCACGUACUUGAUAUGUUUGAAAUUGAUAGUCAGACGGGUGUUAUUAAGGUAAAAGGUCAUAUUGACUUUGAAGAAAAAAAAGCUUUUGAGAUACGUGUAGAAGCCAGUGAUAAAGGGCAGCCUCCAAUGUCCGCUCACUGUAAAGUGCUGGUAGAGGUGAUGGACGUAAACGAUAAUGCUCCUGAGAUCACCGUGACGUCACUACACACCACAGUGAAAGAGGACGCUGAGGUAGGCACUGUAGUUGCUCUAGUGUCAGUCCUCGAUAAGGAUGGUGGGAAAAACGGUGAUGUGAACAUUCUAAUUAAAAACGAGGUCCCACUUAAACUCGAAACAAACUACAAGAAUUAUUAUUCUUUGUUAGUUGACGGGCCCCUGGACAGAGAGAGAGUCUCUAUCUACAAUGUAACCAUAGUAGCCACCGAUAAAGGAACCCCAUCACUCUCCAGCACGAGCAUACUUUCUAUACACGUGUCUGAUGUAAACGAUAAUGCACCGCUGUUCCCAGAGCCGCUAAUUAAUGUCUAUGUGAAGGAAAACAGUGCAGUGGGAGGAGUCAUUAAAACAGUGACUGCAACUGAUGCUGACGUUGACCAAAACAGACAGGUUAGCUAUUCUCUUUUACAUCGUAGUAAUCCGUUGUCCUCGAUGGUGAACAUCAACUCAGAGACUGGAGAUAUAGUCAGCCUGCAGUCUUUUAACUAUGAGGAGUUAAACACGUUUCAGUUUAAAGUGCAGGCCACAGACUCUGGUGUUCCUCCUCUCAGCAGCAACGUGACUGUGAACGUUUUAAUUCUGGAUGAAAAUGACAAUAAUCCAACAGUCCUCGCACCCUAUUCUGAGCACGGCUCCGUUAACAGUGAGAGCAUCCCCUAUUCUGCUGAGGCGGGAUACUUUGUGGCAAAGAUCAGGGCUGUAGACGCAGACUCUGGAUACAAUGCGCUGCUUUCGUAUCACCUCUCUGAGCCCAAAGGAAACAACCUCUUCCGGAUCGGAACCAGCAGCGGAGAAAUCAGGACUAAGAGGAGAAUGAGUGAC